UUACAACUAGGUUAACCUAGAUUAUACAAUAACAAGAUUUUAUCGUGUUUGAAUUAUUUGAUAUAUAUACCUAUAUAUAUAUUUACCCUUGCCACAGCGAGACAAUAUAAGCAGAUUAAAAAAGAAAGCAAGAAAGAAAAAGCAAUAUUCAAGUUUUUUGGAAUUAGGUAAGCCAUGGGGAUACGCGAUCUUAUCAGAAAGAAAGAUCAACUAGACGGUGGUCAUGGCGGCGUAGAUCGCGAAACCCUAGAUAGACUCGCCGGACCCGAGUUUACGUUCAUACGUUCGGACACGACCACUCAAGAGAUUAUCCAUCCUCCAAGCUACCCGAGAAACUCUAGUGGUGAGAACAAUUACCUAACUGCUAAGGACGCCGCACCGUCCCCUACGAAGACGCGACGGAGCCUCGACGUCUUUAGGCCGCGAUCGCGGGGCAGCAGUACAUCCUCGGUCCAGAACGAUGGCUCCUCGCGGAAUCACUCCAGCGGCCACCACCGCCUAUCACAGCGUCUGCAUCUAUCCAAAGCCCCGCCUACGUCCGAUUACGUGCCCGAAAAUCUACCGCAAAUCAACGUCUCCGCCGAAGAUGGAUCGGGUGGCGGCCCAGGAGUCGGAGGGGCGGGCGUAGACAAGGACGCAUACGAGGGACAAUGGGAGAAGAGAGCGACUAUACUGGCCGAAGCAAACGAGAGGGGACAACGCCGGACUACCAGAUCCCCUGGUGUUGUCGUGUCGCCGUCUCGGUCGCCGUCUCCUUCGCUACGACUGCACGAUGACGGAGGAAGAGGAAACGGGCCCGGAAACGGAUACAAGACGGACGACGUCGUCUCUUUAAAAGCGAUAGACGAUAGCAUUCAGGAAGCUAUCCGAUUGCACGAGGAGGGGGAGCUCAACCAGUCUACGCGACUGUUUGGGCGUCUGGCCGAUCCCCAGGGCGCAAAUAACCCCUUGAGCCAGGUUCUUUACGGUCUUGCGCUGAGGCACGGCUGGGGUUGCGAUCCAGACCCCGAACGAGCUAUCACCUACCUGUCGGCGGCGGCGUCCAACGCGGCAGCAGUCGAGAGCAUGGCGCUACAAGCGGGCCUGAAGAAGGGAGGUGCCGCAAAGGGAGAACUCGUCUUAGCCAUAUUCGAAUUGGCGAAUUGCUUUCGCCACGGCUGGGGCAUACCACGAGAUCCAGUCGCUGCUAAACAGUACUACGAGACAGCGGCCAACCUUGGAGAUACUGAUGCCAUGAACGAAGUUGCUUGGUGCUAUCUAGAGGGUUUUGGGUGUAAGAAAGACAAGUAUGCUGCUGCAAGGUAUUACCGGCUGGCGGAGGAGAACGGCAACAAAACCCUGGGAAAUACAUGGAUUUGGAAGGACAAGUAUAAUCCUACGAACUCCAAGAAGAAAUAAGCAGUAUCCCCGUUUUGGAGCGACGAUUAAUUACGUACUAUAGGCUUGGAGAGAUGGAGAUGGAACUCACUAUUCGUCAGUUGGAUAUGUACUAUGUAGUACCUCCAGCCCGUGUAGCCGCUAUCACGGUAUCCUAGCUCAAUGAAUACGGGUUCCUCAGCAGUAGGCACCGAGACAAGUACUCGCAAACAUGACGAUAGAACGAGCGAAUCCGCCUCGGCGACGAGAGAGCGGAAAUAGGUGGUUUUAAUUCUUAUUUGUCCUUAUUUACUUUCGCUUCAUUCGCGGGUUUUCCUUUAGGGGCCACAG